AUGACUACUGAUAAUUGUGAUGCGUAUGAGUUGAAUAAUGGCAUGGUAGUUAACCAAAGACAGAUUGAUCAUUGGAAUCGAGCUCUCAAGGAAUUGGAAUCUCCUUUGGAGAUUUUGAAAUGGGCUUUGGUCACGUUUCCAGGAUUGUUUCAAACAACUGCGUUUGGACUAACAGGUUUGGCAAUUACUGACAUGCUCUCUUCAUUGACCAAAUAUAAUGGAAACAAGAUGGUAGGAUUAAUCUUUAUAGAUACCUUGUACCAUUUCCCUCAAACUUUGGAUUUGGUUCAAAAAGUUGAAGAUAAGUAUUAUGCAAAGUAUGGUCAGUCUGUGAAUAUUUUUAAACCAAAGGAUUGUGAAACUUCUCAAGAUUUUGUUAAAAAACAUGGCGAUUUCUUAUGGGAGGCUGAUGAUGAGAAAUACGAUUUCUUGGUUAAAGUAGAACCUGCUCAUAGAGCUUAUGAAGAGUUACAUGUAGCCGUGGUGCUGACAGGUCGCAGGAGAUCUCAAGGUGGUUCUCGUAGUUCGCUGCCAUACAUCGAAAUUGACAAGAUAAAUAAAGUAUUGAAAAUUAAUCCACUAGUUAAUUGGGAUUUCAAUGACAUUAAGAAAUAUAUCGAUGAUAACAAUGUCCCAUAUAAUGAAUUGGUAGAUUUGGGUUAUAGAUCUAUCGGUGAUUACCAUUCAACAGCACCGGUUCAAGCUGGUGAAGAUGAAAGAUCAGGUAGAUGGAAGGGUAAAGCAAAAACCGAAUGUGGUAUUCAUGAAACAAGUAAAUUUACCAAAUUUUUGGACCAAAAUAGUAGAACUUUAUAG